CUGCUCGAGUUCGCCCUGGUGAACUAUGCAUCCCGAUCAGGUUCGAAUAAAGCUAACAUGCAUAAGGAGAAUAUGAAAAAGAAGCGCCGCGAUCUGGAGCAGGCCAGUUUAGAUGCCGCUUCAGAUCUGCUAGAUACAGAUAGCAAUGCAACGUUCGCAAUGAAACCGCUAGUACGCCAUCCGGGCGAUCCGCUGGCCCUGGAAAAGCGGCUCCAGUGCGAGGUGCACAUGCAGGCCCCGAAGCGACCCAACUGCUGCAAGACCUGGCUGUCCAAGUUCCCCACAAGAUCCAAGAGAAUCGAUGUUAUAUCGCGGAUCACCUUCCCGCUGGUCUUCGCCCUGUUCAACCUGGUCUACUGGAGCACAUAUCUCUUCAGGGAGGAGGAGGAUGAGACCUUCUAAGGCGCGUCUCUGAAAUGCGGUGGCUAUGUAGAAUCUAAUACGAAAUUAACUAAUUAUACCGAGGGAUACGUUGCGAUAUCGCUGUAUGCUACCGGCUAUGUGCCACAUGCUACAUUUAUGGUUAUGACUCGGAACAGUGCAGAUAAGUUAAGAACGGUAUCCGGCAAGGCUCCAUGGCACUUCCACUAAACAAAUAAAGAAUAAUGUUUGAUGAAUGACGAAAUUCUAGUUAAUUGUAAGUUAAAUUGAUCACGAGUGACUGCAUAGUAGAUAAUGUUAUGAAUAAUUAUACUAAACUAUACACAAACUGACACACACCGCAACACUUGUUUGACUUGAUUUGUUUAGAGGAUGCUCCAAAUUGUUACAAAUUGAUUAAUUAUUUUAGCUGGUUAUCGACGAUAACCGAGUUUUGUUCCGGACUCUAGCUUAGUUCUAAACGAAAUUGCAAUUGAUUUGUACUUAAAUGCGUUAAGUUAGAUAAGCCGCAAACAGCGAUAUGAGGUCGUAGAGAAUUCGACUUUUGUAAAUAUGUCAUACAAUAAGUUUUAAGCGAACUAGUUUAUAUGAAUUCUAAUUGUAAAAAUCGUGUAGAUAAAUUUAAGUUUAGUCGAUAAACAAACCACUAACGGAAGCGAGAUACCUAGGUAAAAUCAAUUUAAUUAUGUUCACCAUCGAAGCAAAAUAAAAAUCGAAUCGAAAAUAUCAAAGAAUCCUUCAAAACACACAGAAACAAAUACAGAACUUUCUUUUUGCAUUUUUUGCCCAAACUACUCUUAAAUGAUAAGUUCAACUGAAACUGGUGGGUAUCUGCAAGGUAUUUCUACCCAAACUUUAUUAGAAACUUUCUUCAUUAUUUAUAUACAUACGGCUUGCUUUUCGUUUUAGAGUUGAAUUUUUAUAGUAGUACUCACGGGAAGUAAAGCCCUCGAAUUCCGAUUCCUUUUUCAUUUGAAUUCUUAGAAUAUUAUAAUAAAUUUACAUUUACCUAAUUAUGUAUUGGGCCCAAGUGCCGCUUAGCUAGUUAAUUUCCUUAAUUAGAGUUACAAUAUAAAAAUAUACAACAUGCAAACCAUAAACCAAUUAACAGACAAUACAAAAUAUUUUAUCAUGUAGUCAAAGUCCCUAAACAACUUAAUGGAUACUACACAUAAAUUGAUUAAAAUCAGUAUGAUAAGACAUAAAUUAGAUCGAGAUAUAUACGGUUCUUUUCAUAUCCAAAAAUAUCUUUGGUUAUUAAAGUGCCUUUUGUAUGCCAAGGAGAUUUCUCCCCACUUUCUUCCUUCUCUAACUCUCUCUUCCUAACUUUUGAAUGACUCCGAUCCUUUCACGCUAAAAUCCUUUCCUAAACUCAAUUAGAGAAAUGCACUAACCGACACCAUAAACUAUGCAGCUCUAAUUUUAGAAUUAUAACUAAAGUGAAUUCUACAUAGCAACAACAGAAACAGAACCAGAUCCAGAACCACAAUAACCAACUUAAAUACUUCAGAUAAAUCCAAUAAAAUAUUUACGUAGUUUUUUAAUAUUUUUAUUAACUUGAGCCUGUUUUAUUCACAUGUUUUCUUAAAUUUUUUCUUUGAUUUUGGAAAUGCUUUUUGUUUGCUAUCAUUUAUAAUCUAAAGGUAAGAAACUAAACGUAAAAGGAAAUCAAAAAUCAAUUGAAACUUAUUCUAAUAUAUAGACACUACACAAGGCACCCUGCAUAAUAAUUGUUGUCAUUAAACAAGCGUCAUAAGUACGAUCAGAACAUAUAGAAAAACCGAAAACGGAAAUAUUUAUAGAUACUUUCAUGUUGUAAAAGUUGUGCCAAGCAAAGACGAAACCAAAACUAGUCAAAGAAUGAAAAUCGAAUGAGAUCGCGAAUUAUAACUAUAACUCUAGCUAUAGUUGUAUUGUAUAUGAAGCUAUUGAACAUACAGGGUUUUUAAAUGUGAGCAUAUAGUUGAUGAACCAGAUCAAGGUCGGGAAAAUCGAACAAAAUUGAUGGCAGUCGGAGGAGGGCUGAUUGAUUGAAAUCCGUUGAUUGAUGUACUAGAUGAAAAAUAAUAACGACGUUGGAAAAACAAUUAAACUAGGUCAUACACAAUGGGCGGGCGAAACACCGUUUUCGGCAUUUAUAUUUACUGAAAAAAAAUGGAAACAUACUUAGGUUGUGUGCUGCUCUUCAUUUGCCGUUCUCCAAUUCGGUCAAUUAUCAGUUUUUCCGGCAAAUCGAUUAGCAGCAGCAGUCCAGUUCAGUGUAAAUAGUUUGGGUCAGAACAUGUAAAUGUCAUUUAAAAGGUUAGGUUAACGAGAAACACAACUACGGGAAACCAUAACACGAAAUGUGCACAACUUUAUAUAUAUAUAUAGAUGCGUUCCAAAAAGACUUACAGGUUUUGAUUAACAGACGAGCAUAGAGAUUAAAUCAUUUACCAAUGCGAUGUAAACACGAAAAAGAAAGAACUAUGCGAACGAGUAGAUCCUAAGUUAACGUAUAGUAUGUGUAGAUCUUAAGAGGCAGUUCGAAACCAGACUAGCUAAAGCAUGCACAUAACUAAGCUACUAAGCGCCACGGCAAAUUGCAUUCACCACCCACUAUCUGAACUCACUUGAUCCACUCACACACUCACUUACCACUCACCUACACCACUCACUUGAUGUUUAAUCUUUGCUAACCACACGAAAGAAAUCAAAAAGCGACACCCAAAUCGAAAUCGAAAAUGAAUCUAAUCUUGCACAGUUUGUCGGGGGGACAGACGAUGAGUUUGAGUAUUGCAAGUAAAAAUUUAGAUAGAUCAUAACACAUAUCUUCCAAAAUGGGGGCGGCUCAUGGCCCAUUGAUAACAAUCAAGCAACUCAAACUAUAAUUUCUAGAGAAAAGAACAAGUGUAAAUAAACGAACGACAAACAGCCGAAUCAUUCAAAUCGAAGUUACGAUCGAUCGAUGGCGAUCGAAGAGCGAAUCAAUAAACACUGCAAAUCACCUUACUUUAUAGAGCUAAGUCAGGACAUGCACACCCGUACACCCCCGAAAAAAAAAAUCAAAACCCAAAAACACACGAUCCCCGACAGGAGAGGACUUAGCAAAGAUCACCACACUCACACGUUUAGCCAGUAAGAACGAUUCGAUUCGUAGGGAAAGAUCGCAUGAAUUUCUCUGUAGUGCUAUCCAAACCUGGAACAUAACCCAAGCCCAGAAAGAAACAACGCCAAAACCACAAACGAAGGAAAUUCUAAAAGUACAUACAUAUACAUAGACCCGGCAAUAACACAUCAAUGCCGUCGGUGUGAAAUUAAAACAGCAAAUCAAAUGCCUAAGUGAAAGAUUAGUAGCAUAAUUUUACAAUAUAGUUGAAAUAAUUGUUGUCACCCGAAAGGAAGGAAAUCCUAGAAUGGAAACCAGGAUAAAAACGAUAUAAUUGUGUAAAACCCCCAGAAUAAUGAUGUUUGUGAAAUGUUUAUAAAUAAAUGAUGCAAAACGAAAUGAAAGAAUACACAAAAA